AGAGAGAGAGAGAGAGAGAGAAGCAGAGUAGAAUUUGAUGGUGUUAUUGGUGCGUCUUCUUGCUUUUACCCUUUCCCUCCGCACCAGAGACCAUAGCCUCGCCUUGGUCCCUGCUCAUAGGCUCUUCUCUCAUCAAUCAUGGCUUUCAGUUCCAGGAAAUCCCAUCAUCAAGUGGCCCGUACAAGUACAGUCUCAACCGGAGGUUCACCCACCACCGUCCUCCUUCCCCCAACAGGCAGACGAAGAAGAAGAAGAAGGAGAAGCAGCUCAAAAUCCUACUAACCUUUUUCAAAGGGACUGUGCCACCAUCUGUGACCUCCUCCGUGAUCACACCCUCUCGGGUCCGACCCUCGAAGCUGCCUUGGACCGGACUUCCAUCAAACCAUGUCCAACUCUGUUGCAAACAAUCUUCCACCAUUUCGACUCCUCCCCCAAACCCCUGUUCACUGUCUUUCUCUGGGCCCAGAAGCAACCCUCUUUCCAUUCCACACCUCCCCUCUUCAACUCCAUGAUCGAUAUCCUAGCCAAGGCCAGACUAUUCGACCUUGCCUGGUCCCUCUUGCUCGAUCGCCUACGCACCACCACUGAGACUACCUCCUCGUUGAUCUCCGCUGACACCUUCGCCGUACUCAUCAGACGCUAUUCCCGUGCAGGUAUGCCCGUCUCCGCCAUUCGUACCUUCGAAUUUGCUCGUAGCUCAGACCCAUCUCAUAGUAGUUCCGAUUCCAGUUUGGAUUUGUUCGAGAUUCUCCUGGAUUCCCUCUGCAAGGAAGGGCAUGUGAGGGUCGCUUCUGAGUAUCUUGAUCGGAGAAGGGAAUCGAAAUCGGCCUGGGUUCCAUCCGUUCGUGUUUAUAAUAUUCUCCUCAAUGGCUGGUUCCGCUCGAGGAAGCUCAAACGGGCGGAGCGGCUCUGGGAGGAGAUGAGGAGGGACAACGUGUAUCCCACUGUUGUGACUUACGGAACCCUUGUCGAAGGAUAUUGCAGAAUGCGACGAGUCGAGAAGGCUAUUGAAUUGGUUGGUCAGAUGCGAAGGGAGGGAAUUGAGCCUAAUGCCAUCGUCUAUAAUCCUAUCGUGGAUGCUUUGGGAGAAGCCGGAAGGUUUAAGGAGGCUCUGGGCAUGAUGGAACGGUUCCUGGUUUUGGAGUCUGGGCCUACCAUAUCCACAUACAAUUCUCUGGUCAAGGGUUUCUGCAAGGCCGGAGACCUUGUUGGGGCAAGUAAGAUACUUAAGAUGAUGAUUAGUAGGGGUUUCUCCCCAACUCCCACAACCUACAACUACUUCUUCCGCCAUUUCUCGAGAUAUGGGAAGAUUGAAGAGGGGAUGAAUCUUUACACCAAAAUGCUUGAAUCUGGUUAUGUGCCAGACCGACUUACCUACCACCAGUUGAUCAAGAUGCUGUGCGAGCAAGAGAGAGUGGGUUUAGCAGUGCAGGUUAGCAAGGAAAUGAGAAUGAGAGGGAUUGAUUUAGACCUUGCCGUAAGCACCAUGUUGCUCCAUUUGCUCUUGAAAUUGCAUAGAUUUGAUGAGGCGUGUGAGGAGUUUGAGGAUAUGCUCCGGAGGGGAAUUGUGCCUCAGUACCUUACUUAUCGAAAGCUGACUGAAGGGCUGAAGAAAUUUGGGAUGGCUGAGAGGGCCCGAAAACUAUCUGAUCAAAUGGCUUCUCUUCCACAUUCGAUGAAGUUGCCAGACACAUAUAAAGAAGGAGAUAUGGCUCACGAGUUGAGAUCAUCCAUAAUGAGGAGAGCCCAAGCAAUGUCGGAUAUUCUGAAGACCUGUAGAGAUCCCAAGGAAUUAAAUAAUCUUAGGAAUUCACCUCAAAAUGCAGUAGCUAGUGCUAACCGCUUGGUAGAGAAUAUAAAGAGGAAAGCUAACGGGUUGUGAAACUAUGGAUAUUUCAAAAACCAAGAUUGUUACUAGAACUUGGUUCUUAGAUGUAUACUAAUUGGAUUGCUUCAGGUCUUCAAUCAAAUUGGCAAAGUUACCCAGAACACAUGGGGUAGAAGAGAGGAAUCCUGGGAAAUGGGAUUCUUGUAUAACUAACCCAUAUUCCAAAGAAUUGAAAGGAUAUCUGAGAGAAGUCAUUCAAUGAGCUGGGGGCUUCAUCUGGGAGUACUGCAAGUGCAAAUCGGAUUGAAAUGAAGAAUAGAUGAUACUUGAUUUUAGAACUACAUCAAACUGAACUUGAAGGAACUUCUAAUGAAUGGUAUAGUACCAUCAGCUAAUGCUGUUUCUUCUUUCCCAGAGCCAGAUUAUUCUUUUGGCGGAAUUUUGGGCCUUUCUCUCUAUGUAGGCCAAAUAAGAGCUGUUUAGGGUAUGUGUUUUUUUUUUUUUUUUUUAUAAAUUCAAAGGGAUUGAUAAAUUUCGUGAACGGCCUAGAGAUUGUAUGUUCAAAUGUCAACUUUUAAUUCUAAUUCUGUGAGAAUGUGUAUGCUUGAAGAUCAUACUCAAAUGGGAUCAAAAGAUUUUCCGUGUAGUCUUGUAUUUAGAAGUAUUGAAACUUUUCAGCUGACUUUAUGAUGUCUUUUGGAACCAAUAAAAACAGCAUUCUUCCAUGUUCAGGCAAUUUUUUUUUCGCUUCAA